AUGAAUAAAGAUUCACUGAUUAACAACAAUAAUGUAUCACCUCUUAUUGUAACCAAUAAUAAUAAUAAUAAUAUGAAUAGUAAUAUUAUCAACAACAGUGAUAUCAAAUCUACAAUGUUAUCUUCAUCUCCUUCCUCUUCACAAUCAUUAGUUGAUAGACAAAAGAAAAAUAACAAUCACCAUAAUAACAAUAAUAAUAAUAAUAAACAUAAAAAAGAAAAAAUAAAAACUAUAAUAAAACAACAACAACAACAGCAUCUAUAUACUUUACCGAAUGAUAUUCAAUAUAAUUCAGAGAUUGAACUUGCCAUUGCAAUGAGUAAGGUUGAAUUUGAGCAACAGCAACAACAAUCAAAUAAUAAUGAUAAAUCAUUGACGAGCUUGACAGCUUCUAUAGACAACACUGUUCAAAACAAAGUAACUGGUGGUAAAAAUAAGAAAAAGAAUCAUAUCGAUAUGACUCAUCUCGUUCAUUUCAAGCAUGAUAGACCACACUCGAACAGAGACUACAGAGGAAACACUGGCACCAAUAGUAACAACCAUCAUCACCAUCACAACUAUCAUAAUAGCAGUUCAUCUACAUCCUCUUCAUCGAGAAACAACAAUAAUCAUACUAGAAAGAGGUCAUCAACAUCCAACAGACCAACCAAUCCAAAUUCAUUCUUACAAGCAAAUUACUUGUUCAAAGUCAAUCCAUAUGGAAAUUAUAAAUCGAGUUUGUCAAAUCCAGAAUAUAUUGUAGCGUGGAAUAAGAUUGAAAUGGUUACUUAUCUAUCGAGAUCAUCAGAGUUUCUUUGUCCUAUUUGUUUUGAAUCUCCUAUUGCUCCUUUGUCACACUCUAACAAGUGUCCACUCUGUUUGAAACCGAUUGAAAAGUCAGAGUUGAAGAGUGUAACCAUUCUCAAGUCGGCAAAGUACAACGAUGGCGACACCAUUGAAUUCCAGCUGUUGAAGUAUCGCGAGGAAUCGACGGUGCCGUACCUCGCCAACCAAACCAUUCCAGAGCUGAUUUCAUUCCCACGCGAAGAUGAAGCCAAUGCAUUCUACUCGCGAUUCUCUAUUAUCUACGAGAUUGACGACAUUCUUGCAAAGGAGCGAGUGGAGAUCGCCACCGCCAAGGAGAUCGCCAUGAGCGAGGGUGAGUUUGAAACGGUGCGUUUCCUCGCCAACGCAGAGAAAGAUAUUGACGAGCGAGAAUCUCUCUUUAGGAAACUGGUCGAACAGAAGCGCAUUGAAAGCGACGGUCAGAUUGUGAUCUCAUCGAUUCCCAGAAGAAAUCCAGACCUCGAUUUCAAGACCUAUCAAUUCAGUAACAACAGCAACGUUAAAUCGGAUCUCCAGGAAUACUAUUCAACUGUUUUAAAUAGCAUUAAGUGGGAAGAUACAUCUGAAGAUGAUGACGCCGAUUACAAUGAUACGGAAUUGGCAAAUCAAGAUGAUGAUGGUGAUGAUGAUGAUGAUGAUGUUAAUGAAUCAACCACUACUACUACUACUUCAACCUCAACAAACAACAAUAACAAUACAAAUAAUAAUAAUAAUAAUAAUAUCAAUGGACAAACAACUGGAACAACAAAUUCAGUGGAAUCGUCAUAUUGUGUCGAUGGACAACCGAUUUUCAUUCACCCACUGAAUAUGAAUAUGCUUUGGAGAGAAGCAUCACUCAAGGGUGCCGCUGCUACACCCACCUCUGUGCUACCGGCGAUUCUCAAGUCAAAGGUUUUGGAGAUUGAGCCAUAUGAAAUCACCAAGAAAUCGAGACAUAUCUAUAAAUCGCUGAAUCUGCUGGCACUGACCACCUCGGUUUGGUUCAUAGAGAUCGACCUUGCCAAUGUCGUGAGCAAAGCGGUACUCGACGAGUUUGCAUCGGAGCUAAAGAAGCGACGCGAUGCAAGAAACUCAAAGAAGCGACAGGAAACCAGAAAGGAGAAGAAAAAGGAAUUGGAGAGAGAGCACGAUAUCAAGCGAUCCAAAGAGAUCAAAGAACAGUACGAAAAGACACAGGAGGAGGAACGCGAGCGAAAGCGAAUCGAAAAGGAACAGCAAGACGCUGAAGAGGCCGAGCGACUAAAGAACGAGCCAUUCAACCCAAACAAGCCCAAGCCAAAUUCAUUUAUAAACGCAAUCAACAAAUACAAAUGUCCAGAGGAGGAAUUUAAAUUCUCACUAAGUGACUCAAAUACCAAGAAAAAUAGACAUAGAAGAUAG